UGCUCAUGGGGUAUGGCGGGGAGGGAAAGGUCUGAUCAGUGAGGCGACUCGCUUGUGGGGUAGACAGUGUCGGGACGGUGCGAGCAGUGACUGCACCUGAGUCUCCUCCCUCCUUCACCUGGGACACGCAUUUCCUGCCUCUGCUUCCGCUGUCACCUGAUGUCGCUUCGAUCGGGGUCGGAAUGAGCCUGAGAUUUUGGAAUCUGGAUCCUGAUCGGAGCCCACACUGGAUCCCUGCCCUUCUGCUCUUCCCCGUGUUGCUACUUCCAGGUGCUGCUUCUAUCGAAGUUACUUUACCAUCAAAGGUCAGAGGCUUCAUUGGAGAGGACAUAGAACUGAAUUGUAAAUUCAAGUCGUCUUCUCCCAUCACACAGCGUCUGACAGUGAAUUGGUCUUUCCAACCAGCAAGUGGCGGAUCAAGGCAUGGUAUACUCUACUAUCACUCUGCAGCCUUCCCUGCACAGAACACUCCACUGAAGGACCGGGUGCUGUGGAACGGGGACCUCAGAAAUGGCAAUGCUUCAAUCAUUGUGAAGAACCUGACGCUGAGUGACAAUGGAACGUUCAGCUGUGUGGUGCAGAACCCACCGGACGUCAGCAGUUCUGUGCCGACGACUGAACUCACCGUCACCAAGAAAGGGCUCCCUUUCCGUCUGAGUGUGGUGGUCAUGCUGCUGCUGCUGGUGGUAGUGCCCACUGUGCUGGUGGUCACCGUGCUCCUGGUGUGGACGUGCAAGAGAUUUGAAUUCUGCGGACCCACGACCACCAAGGCAUCGACUGAGGUGGUGGAAGGAGCUGGUGACGAUUCUGAAGGUGGUUUAAGGAACGGCUUUUGCACACGUUGUUUGCAGGAUUCCGAUGAGGAAGAUGAGGAUUUCCAUCAGUUUUAUCCCAUGUCAGAAUCAGUGACAUAGCCUGCAGUGUCUUGGGCAAUGUGGCGGAAUCAUUGGGAAGGCUUGCUGGGUGUUUCCUGACCAGUGUCAGGGAGGGAGUCGUUUAUCUGUCACCAC